ACCGGAUCCACUAAAAUACGGUGUUCGCAUUUCUUUUCCUUUAUUAUCCAACAGAACUUCAUAUUCAUGGCUCGCUGCAAUCCCUUUCUUCGUGUUCUUCAAUUGGGGGUUUUGAACACUUAAAUUUAUCCACCACAGCUUCAACCUUUUUUUCCUUUGUUACUCCCAAACCGAUAUUUCCUACUCUUCUUCAAUUAUUCCUAUUAGUUUUCGGGGCUCAAAUCAAUAUAAAGGGACAUGGGGAAGAAUCAGGCGUACAAGGCGAUGCAGAGAUCAAGGGUGGGAUCUACCUCAGGCGGCCCCGAUGAUGUGGAUGACGGCAUGGUGGAUGGUUCAUUUCAUUCACCAGAGUGGCAUGCAGCUCGUUUGGCCAGCCUCAAAACUUCACAUACAGUUACUUGGGAAGAGUACAAAAAGAAGCAAAAGGAAGAAGAAAUUAAAAAGGGGGAGUUAGAAGCUGACAAAGAUAGAAUGAUGCGGGAAUAUCGAGCUCAACUAGAUGCAGAACGGGCAAGCAAGCUUGCCCAUGGCAAAAACCACUCUAAAAUUAAAUCUACUCAGAGGAAGAAGGAUAAUAAGAAGGACAAAGAUCUCAAGAAGCGCUCCAACAAAAAGAGAAAGCGUUUGAGGAAAUCUUGUGGGUCUAGUUCUUCUUCAAGUUCGUCAUCUGAGUCUUCAAGUAGUGAUGAUGAGGAUGAUUCCAGAGAAUCAAAAAGAAGGUCAAGAUCAAGAUCAAGGUCAAGAAAGAGGAAAGACAAGAGGCAGAGCUCAAAAUCCAAGCAUUCAAGUGGUGAUGAACAUGAGGCAGAUGGGCCUUUGCCCCUCUCCAGGUUCUUUGGGAACACAAAGAACUGAUGUUAAUUUAUCAUCAAUAUCACUAAAUCAAUGAAUGAUUAUUGUUUAUGUUUUACCCUGUAGUAAACUGUGAAUUAACCAGACAUAGUGUGAUACAUUUGCGGUUUUUAGACUCAUGUUUUUUGAGGUUGGGUUAAAUUAUUUUCCGUAGCACCUGAAUCUGAAUGAAUGGAAUGUUAUGCGAUGGUAUUUAUGUCACCA